GGUAUCGUCUAUGCGUAGAAUUAGCUGUCAAAGUUGGUUGAAGGCACUAUCAUUAAUUCGGAAUUCCGGCUUCUUGAAGCUUUAUUUGCUCGAUAUUUUAUGAAAAUCAUAUUCAAUUAAUUAAUAUAAAAUGGCAAGAGAAAGCAGCGCAGGAUUUGACAGACACAUAACUAUCUUCUCCCCCGAAGGACGACUUUAUCAAGUUGAGUAUGCGUUGAAAGCAAUCAACCAAGGUGGGCUGACAUCUGUAGCACUGCGCGGCACAGACGCCGCAGUAGUUGCAGCGCAGCGUAAGGUGCCCGACCGCCUGCUUGAUCCUGCCUCUGUCACGCAUCUGUUUCCGCUUACUAAACGCAUUGGAGCAGUGAUGACGGGCAUGAUUGCGGACAGUCGGUCGCAGGUCCAGCGCGCCCGCUACGAGGCUGCCAACUGGCAGUACAAGUACGGCACCGAAAUACCCGUGCACAUCCUCUGUCGCCGUAUCGCGGACAUCUCACAGGUCUACACACAGAAUGCUGAGAUGCGACCUCUCGGAUGCAGCAUGAUGUUAGUGGCGUACGACGAGGAGUCCGGGCCGUGCGUGUACAAGACCGACCCGUCCGGCUACUACUGCUCCUACAAGGCAGUGUCUGCCGGCGCCAAGGCCACCGACGCUAACGCCUAUUUAGAGAAGAAACUGAAGAAACGUUCCGAGCUGAGCUCCGACGAGGUUGUCCAGCUCGCCAUCUCCUGCCUGUCACAAGUGCUGUCCGUUGACUUCAAAUCGUCCGAGAUCGAAGUCGGCUUAGUCACCAAGGAUGACCCACAGUUCAGAGUGCUGACUGAAAACGAGAUCGACAGGCACCUAACUGCUAUUGCUGAGAAGGAUUAAGGACAGAAAAUCUGAAAAUGUAUUGUAUUAUUUUUCAAAUAAAAGUCAAAUUCGUGAGAAUUUAAA